GUGUGUGUGUGUGUGUCUACAGGGGGUGAUGUCAGUGCCCCGAAGCCAGAGCGGGCUUGGCCAGGGACCAGCGGCAGCAGCAGCAGCAGCCACGGGCUCGCUCUCUCCUUGAUCCAGGAGGAGGACCGCCAGUCCAUGCCUUUGAGCCAGGAGAGGGAAUGGCAGUCCUCAAGCUCACCGACCAGCCACCGCUGGUCCAAGCAAUUUUCAACGGUGAUCCCGAAGAGAUACGUAUGUUAAUCUACAAAACGGAAGAUGUUAAUGCUCUGGACACAGAAAAGCGCACCCCUCUUCAUGUCGCUGCUUUCCUGGGGGAUGCAGAGAUCAUUGAGCUCCUCAUCUUGUCAGGCGCCCGUGUCAAUGCCAAGGACAAUAUGUGGCUGACCCCUCUCCAUCGCGCAGUGGCUUCAAGGAGUGAAGAAGCAGUGCAAGUAUUGAUCAAGCAUUCAGCUGAUGUCAACGCGCGGGACAAGAACUGGCAGACGCCCCUCCACGUCGCAGCUGCAAAUAAAGCCGUGAAGUGUGCCGAAGUGAUCAUCCCUCUCCUGAGCAGCGUCAACGUCUCUGAUAGGGGUGGUCGAACCGCGUUGCACCACGCAGCCCUCAAUGGCCACGUUGAAAUGGUGAACAUGCUUUUGGUGAAAGGGGCAAACAUCAAUGCCUUCGACAAAAAAGACCGAAGAGCUUUGCACUGGGCAGCAUAUAUGGGCCACUUGGACGUUGUUUCCUUGCUGAUCAGCCAUGGCGCUGAAGUGACAUGUAAGGAUAAAAAGGGUUACACUCCUCUUCAUGCUGCGGCAUCCAAUGGGCAGAUCAAUGUAGUGAAACACCUCCUCAAUCUUGGCGUGGAGAUUGAUGAAAUGAACGUCUAUGGAAAUACUGCACUUCAUAUCGCUUGUUAUAAUGGGCAGGAUUCCGUGGCUAAUGAGCUAAUUGACUAUGGCGCUAACGUCAACCAACCUAAUAACAGCGGAUUCACUCCCCUGCAUUUUGCCGCUGCCUCUACCCAUGGAGCUCUUUGCCUUGAACUGCUAGUGAAUAAUGGGGCAGAUGUUAACAUUCAGAGUAAAGAUGGGAAGAGUCCACUGCAUAUGACAGCUGUGCAUGGGAGAUUCACUCGGUCUCAAACCCUCAUCCAGAAUGGAGGAGAAAUUGACAGUGUUGAUAAGGAUGGCAACACACCUCUUCAUGUGGCUGCAAGAUAUGGACAUGAGCUUUUGAUUAACACCCUAAUCACCAGUGGAGCUGAUGCUACCAAAUGUGGCGUCCACCGUAUGUUCCCUUUGCACUUGGCAGCACUAAAUGCUCAUGCUGACUGCUGUAGGAAGUUACUGUCGACAGGACAAAAGUAUAGCAUAGUGUCCUUGUUUAGUAAUGAGCACGUGCUGUCUGCAGGCUUUGAAAUAGACACCCCAGAUAAAUUUGGAAGGACGUGCCUCCACGCUGCGGCUGCGGGCGGCAAUGUUGAUUGUGUGAAACUCUUGCAGAGCAGUGGAGCAGAUUCUAAUAAAAAAGACAAACAUGGAAGGACACCUUUGCACUAUGCAGCUGCAAAUUGUCAUUUCCAAUGUAUGGAGACAUUGGUGACCACGGGGGCCAAUAUUAAUGAAACAGAUGACUGGGGACGGACGGCUUUACACUAUGCUGCUGCCUCCGACAUGGACAGAAAAAGAAAGAAUGUUUUGGGUAACACCCAUGGAAAUGCUGAAGAACUUGAAAGAGCCAAUGAGAUGAAGGAAAAAGAAGCCGCAUUGUGUCUAGAAUUCCUUCUUCAAAAUGAAGCUAACCCAUCCAUCCAGGACAAAGAUGGAUACAAUACAGUGCACUAUGCUGCUGCUUAUGGACACAGACAGUGUUUGGAACUGCUUCUGGAAAAAACCAGCAAUGUUUUUGAAGAAUCAGAUUCAUCAGCUACCAAAAGCCCUUUGCACUUAGCCGCCUACAAUGGUCAUCACCAAGCCUUGGAGGUGCUCCUUCAGUCUCUGGUAGAUCUGGACAUCAAAGACGAAAAAGGACGUACUGCCUUGGACCUUGCUGCAUUUAAAGGACACGCUGAAUGUGUUGAAGCUCUUAUCAACCAGGGUGCUUCCGUUACCGUCAAAGAUCAUGUCACCCAGCGAACCCCACUUCAUGCCUCAGUCAUCAACGGACAUACACCAUGUUUACGGCUUUUAUUAGAAGUAGCAGAUAAUCCUGAUGUGACGGAUGCCAAAGGACAGACUCCACUGAUGCUGGCUGUGGCUUAUGGGCACAUUGAUGCCGUUUCCUUGUUACUUGAAAAAGAAGCAUCUGUGGAUGUAGCGGAUGUCCUGGGAUGCACUGCUUUACAUCGAGGGAUUAUGACAGGACAUGAGGAAUGUAUUCAGAUGCUGUUGGAACAAGAAGUAUUGAUUUUGUGCAAGGAUGCCAGAGGCCGGACACCUCUACAUUACGCCGCGGCCCGUGGACAUGCCACGUGGCUGAGUGAAUUACUGCAGUUGGCACUUUCAGAAGAGGACGAUAGUUUUAGAGAUGAUCAGAAUUACACACCGUUACACUGGGCUUCUUAUAAUGGCAAUGAAAGCUGUAUAGAGGUACUGUUGGAACAGAAACCUUUCCAAACUUUUAGUGGGAACCUUUUCUCCCCGCUGCACUGUGCUGUAAUCAAUGAUCAUGAAAAUUGUGCAUCACUACUCAUUGGAACUAUUGGUGCUGACAUUGUCAAUUGCAAAGACGACAAAGGAAGGACACCACUCCAUGCGGCAGCCUUUUCUGAUCACGUGGAAUGCCUCCAUCUUCUUUUAAGCCACAACGCUCAAGUCAAUGCUGUGGAUAAUUCAGGGAAAACACCACUUACAAUGGCUGCUGAAAAAGGGCAUGUAGGGGCAGUAGAUUUUUUGGUGAACAGCGCCAAGGCCGAUUUAACUUUGAAGGAUAAGGACUUGAAUACAUGCUUGCACUUGGCUAGCAGUAAAGGACAUGAAAAAUGUGCCUUGUUGAUACUUGACAAGAUACAAGAACAGAGCCUUAUUAAUGCAAAAAACAAUGCAUUACAAACACCUCUUCAUAUUGCUGCACAAAAUGGGUUGAAGAUGGUAGUUGAGGAGUUACUGGCAAAGGGAGCAUGUGUACGAGCGGUAGAUGAAAAUGGUCAUACGCCAGCCCUGGCUUGCGCUCCUAACAAAGACGUGGCUGACUGCCUGGCACUCAUUUUGGCUACCAUGAUGCCUUUUUCUCCUUCCAGUACAGUGAUGGCUCUCAACUUCGUUUCUUUUAAAAAAGACAAUUUGAGCAGGACGCAUCUCUGCAAUAGCUCCAGUAUGAGUAAUGCCAUUAACUCCUAUAGUAAAACGUUAAAUAAUGAUGUAGGAGCAGAAAACGGAUACAGUGAAAAUGAUUCUGAUUCUGAAACCUUUUGAUUUUAGCAUCCGGUGCUCCUUUCUUGGUUGCAUUUAGAUUUAGGUUGGUUUCCCCCUUUAAAAAGAUCUGAAUAUGCCACCAUUACAGUCGACCUAUGCUUAUGACUGGUAUGACUACAGUUAAGCAAUGAAAGCGUAUAGCAGGAGUUAGAACUUUUCUGAAAACUGGAAAAAAACAUUUAAAUGCAUUCUUGUUAAUCUUCUGCUACUUCCAGCUCUGUUGUAUGUUUCCAUAGGUCCUAAGGGCUUUUGUGGAAGUCUCUACCUCCUAUUUUAUGCAGAAAGCAACAGCUGCCUUUUUCCAUUUUAACAGCACAAGUACACAGAAACCACUGUGUAUAUAUUACUGUUAGCUGUAGCGUACUGUUAAUACAAUGACAUUUUCCAGGAUAGUGUUUGUAGCUCAUUGGAAGAAACUCAGAUCUUCCUUCCUUUUAUUGUUGUUUUUUUAGUCAUACAAACUGAGUUUUUAAGAUAUCUUUGUUAUACAAACCAAAGGAAAAGCCACAAAUGUGUUUAGUUUUCUUUUAGAAUUGCUAACAUCAUCACUUUCUAUGGAAAUUUGAAAAAAAAAUCUAAAUGCUACUUAAGCACUUAAGUAUACAAAAGGCACUUUUAAAAGCCAUUAGCCACACUGUCAUCGACAAUUUGAAAAUGUUUAGGACCAAAUUUUGCUUGUCUCCACUUGCAGCCAAGAGAUUAUUAAGGCAGAUGUGAUUUGCCUUACUUUGUAUUAUUUUGCAAAAGCUUGCACGAUUUGCACUCUGCAGUUAAAGGGAUCCCCGGGAAUUAUUGCCUAUGCUGCCAGGCAAUAAUCCAUUCUAAGAAAAACAAAUUAAUUUGAUAAUGGUUGAUAUUUUUCCAUUUAAAUUGAUUUCUUUUUUUAAACUUUCUGAAUUGAAGAUGUAGAUUUUGUCCAAUUUUUUAAAACCUGUAACAUAUGAGCUAUAUCGAGUUGCUAUACACUGUAAUAGCUAUUGCCGCACUUAAGAUAGACAGAGCAGUUUAAACCAAAA